CACACUUUCACAGUCGAGGGUUUUAGAGGAACCCCAACUCGAUCCUCUCAUGGCAUUCUCUUCCGUUUCCCUCCUCCUCCGCCGCCGCCGCUCCUGCGUCGCCUCUUCUCCCCCAAAGCUCCUCCCUCUUCUCCUCGUCUCCCGUGGAAAAAUCCCACAGUUUCCCCCCUCCGCCCGCUCCCUCUCCGCCACCCCUCUCCCUCUCCCCUCCGACCCCCCCGACUCCCCCAAGCCCUCCCUUUCCACUCGCCUCUCCUUCGUUUUCGACCAGAUCGACGCCAUCGACCGCGACCGCACGGCCAAGGACGCCGCCCUCCAGCGCAUCCGUGCCUGGCACCAGAAUAAGCCCCCGCCGCCUCCCGCAGAAGACGGCAAAUUCGCACCUCCCGCUACUUGUGGUUCGACCCCCUCCGAGGUCCACGAUCUGGCGGCCGAUGUGAGGACGGAUGAGAGCGUCAGAGAUGUCCUCAGGAAGGAGGUGGAACUCGUGCACCCCUGGCCGGAGUGGAUAGAACUGAUGGAGAGAUUGGCGCAGCAGAAUUACUUUGAUUUCCGGAGGACGGAUGAGGAACGUGUCGCAGAGAAUCUGUCCAUCGACCUCUCGAGGAUAAAGGAAGAAAUGGGGUUUGAUUUCUCGAGGGAUUGGACCACCGUGCGGAAUGCUUGUAUGAAUCUUGGCCGUGACCGCUUUGAUAUUUUAAGGUCAUUGUCGAGGAAGGAUCUUCAAGUUCUAGUUGGUCAUGGAUGCCCAAGCAUGGACCCAAAAGUUGUUUUCUCAGCGAAGCUGUUGAGGAAGCUUGUCCACCUUGAUGAAGGAGACGUAUGUAGUUCUUGCAGUCUAAGGAACUCAUGUGGUAGAGGAUAUAUCCUUACACGCAAAGAAGACGAGGCACGCACUCUUGAUGUUAUGCGCGUCUUACUGACGUUUGGUUUUGACCAUGUAAAAGAAACAGUUGAAAAUAAACCUCUCAUGAAGAUGAAAUCUGUGAAAACCGUUGUCCGCAAGCUGCUACAUGAGAUUGUUAAGUUGAGUGCAAUUCCAAUAGAUCCCAAUCUUCCACCACCCAUUAUCCAGAAGCCUCCUCCUAAGGUAAAGCAACCCCCUCCGCCACCGAAAAAAAGAGUGGGACGUGGUGAUGUGGAAAUGAAGAAAGGAGAUUGGCUUUGUCCCAAGUGUGACUUCAUGAACUUUGCAAAAAACACUGUUUGCUUACAGUGUGAUGCUAAACGACCCAAGAGGCAACUCCUCCCAGGGGAAUGGGAAUGCCCUCAGUGCAACUUCUUGAACUACAGGCGAAACUUGGCAUGCUUUCAUUGUGAUCACAAGCGUCCCCCUGAUGAAUAUACAGAUAAUCAAAUGCACUUAAAGCAAUCUGGUCCAAGGACAAGAUUGGAGAGGACCACCAGAAUGAGAGAUGUUUCUAAUGCAUGGAACUUUGACUUUGAUGACAAUGAAUCUGAUGGUGCAGAUGUUGCUGCAUUUGAGUUUGCAGAUUUUCAUAAAAGCAAUGUAGGCUCUCCAGACAAUCGGUCUCAUAGGGGAACUGAUAUGGAAUUUGAAGAUGAUACUAGUCAUACUGCCAGGGUUUCAAGAACCCGAGAACAAGAUCAGUCCUUUAAGGAAGCUGAUGAAAGGAAAUCCACCUUUAAUUCGUAUAGAACAGGAUUUGAUGAUUUUGAUGACAAAGAGGAUGAUGAUGUGGACAGUUACGAGCUUGAUAGCCCUCGAGCAAGUGAAGUUUCUCGGAUGAAUUACUCUGAGCUGGAGCAGACAUCCGAAUCUGAAGAUUUUGAGGAAUUUGAUCAUCAUGCUAAGUCAAGCCAAGGUGCCAAGGAUUAUGCAUCUGACUCCGAGGAUGAUGCUCGUGCAAAUCAUCCUUAUUGGAGACCCAAUCAUGCUGCAGACGCUAGACGGAAGUCUGGAGGCAGGAGUCACACCCGCCCGUGUAGGGAGAUGCCUUUCAAUUCAGAUGAUGACUAUGAACUAGGUUCUGAUUCUGAUGAAAUGGAUGGGAGUUUUAGGUCUAAACAAGGAAAAGGCCAUCAAGAAAAUCUACAUAGGGCUAGUAGAGGAAGAAUUUCUGAUUCUGAUGAUGGUUCUCUUCUUGGUAUGCAGUCUGAUGAUGAUGACUUACGUGCCAGACGAAAUAAGAAGAGAGGAAAAUCCACUUAUGGAGGUUCACAAAGAGAGUUUCUAUCCACUGAUAGAAUAAAUGGCAGAAGGAAUUCUUCUGUUAGUGGCCACGAUGGCUUGUCUUCUAGAGGAUUGCACAUGCGUGGAAGGGGUCCUGGAAGAGGUCCUGGAAGAGGUGGCCAUGGAAAUUUCAGAGAGAAUGAGAGAUUUCAGCAGUUUGAUAGGCAAGUUGAUAGGAAAGGAUUUGGUUUUAGGCAACAAGGAAGAAGGAAUCAGUUUCCCAAUAAUGGAACACGAGGUUCACGCAGAAAUGUAAGAGAUUCGGAGUGGUAAUGAAGUGUUUCUAUGCAUUUGAUCAGCCUGAUAGUAGGAACAAAAUUUAUGAUCGGCAAUGGAAGUGCUAGUGAUUUCCUGAUUGAUCCAGCAGCUUUGAUGAUGAUGAAUAUAGGUCUUAGGGAUGGAAGACCUAUAUAGAAAAUGUUGCUGUCUGAACUUGCUAAAUUCUCUUAUAGAGGUGAGCAUUUUGAAGCAAUAUACAGGUGAUUUUUCUGUUGAAGAAACUAACCCUUGGGUUGGUCUCCAUUACGGUGGUUGAUUGAAGAUUUUGAAUAUUCACUGUCACAGCUUUGCAUUUUUUUACAAUGUUUCUUACCUCUGAAGUCGUUCGAUCUGCCCAGCAAUCAUUUCAAUGAAGUUUGUUCAUCAUGCUGAUUAUUCUUUGGCAAUCUUAUACAGUACCAUGUUGUUGUAGUUUAUCCACCAAUGCUACAAGUGCCAAACUUUUGCUAUUGGGUCUCUGGUUUGUAAGUUCCUUUUCUUUGGAAUAAUUGUUCUGCCACAUCAAAGAAUAAAUAACCAUCAACUGACUGGAAAAUUAGCUCUGACUCAUCGAGUGAUGUGUAUCAUUCUUUUCUCAUGGCAAAGAAGUGGUGAGCUGUGAUCUGUCUUUUUAGUUUCUCCCUUUUGGACAAUUUUGGGAUCAGAAGAUGACAAGAGUUGGGAAACUGGUUUAUGUAUAUAGUCCCUGGGACCUCCAAUCUGGUAUCUGGAAAAUUUCUUGUAAUCUCAUCAAUACUUGCUUUAUUUCCUUCCAUGUUGGUGUAGAGGAUAUGGAAAAACAAUUAUUGUGAAGACCAGUGAACACACAACGUGGCGUGAGAUGAAUGAUUAAAACUUUUGAACUUUGUGAAUGAGAUGACGAUUUUGUAACCUUGA